AUGAUGGAUCAACUGUCGAAAGCGAAGGUCUUCACUAAGCUGGAUCUACGUGACGCCUAUCACAGGCUCCAGAUCAAGGAGGGCGAUGAGUGGAAGACCGCGUUCAAGACGCGAUACGGUCAUUUCAAAUACCUGGUUAUGCCGUUCGGGCUGGCUAACGCACCAGCCAUGUUCCAAUCCUAUAUCUACCGAGCCCUAGGAGGCUUACUAGAUAGGAUCUGCGUGGUGUACCUAGACAACAUCCUUAUCUAUUCCCAGAACGAGGAGGACCACAACAAGCACGUUGAGGAGGUCCUAGAUCGUCUGGUUGAGUAG